AUGGAUCCUGUGGCCAUUGAAGAUGUGGCUGUGAACUUCACUCUGGAGGAGUGGGCUUUACUGGAUACUCCACAGAAGAAACUGUAUAGAGAUGUCAUGAAGGAAACCUUCAGGAACCUGGACUCAAUAGGCCAAAACUGGGAAGAUCAUUACAUUGAAGAUCUGUACAAAAGCCAGGGGAGAAAACUAAGGAGUCAGAUGGCAGAAAGUCUCAGUGAAGGUAAAGAGGGCUGUCAACGUGGAGAAAAUUCCAGCCUCACCCCAACUCUCAGUCUGAACAAGAAAACUGCGGGAGCGGAGCCACCCAAGUGUGGCAUAUGUGGGAAAGUCUUCAUGCAUUAUUUUUCCCUUAACAUGCAUGUCCGAGGCCACACUGGACACAAACCAGAUGAGUACCUGAAAUGCAGAGAGAGGCCAUAUAAAUGUAAGGUGUGUGGGAAAGCUUAUAUUUCUUCGAGUUUAUUUCAAAUACAUCAAAGGAAGCACACUGAAGAGAAAACCUAUACGUGUAAGGAAUGUGGGAAAGCCUUCCGUUUCCUCACAUCCUUUCAAAUCCAUGAAAGGGUUCACACAGGAGAAAAACAAUACGAAUGUGAGGAAUGUGGGAAACCCUUCAUGUGGCUCACAAGCUUUCGAAGACACCUGGCCAUGCACACUGGAUAUGGACCUUAUAAAUGCAAACAGUGUGGAAUGGUCUUUCGAUAUCAUCAGGCUUUUCAGACCCAUGAAAGAACUCACACAGGAGAUAAAGCCUAUGAAUGUGAGCAAUGUGAUAAAGCUUUUAAUUCUCAACGAGGUUUCCAAAUACAUCAAAGCUACCACAAAGGAAAGCACCCCUAUGUAUGUAAACAAUGUGGAAAAGUCUUUAGAUAUCAUCAUACUCUUCAAGCACAUGAAAAGAUUCACACAGGAGAGAAACUCUAUGAAUGUAAGCAGUGUGGUAAAGCUUUCAGUUCUCAUCGAGGUUUCCAAGUUCAUGAAAGAUAUCACAAAGGAGAGAAACCCUAUGAAUGUAAGAAAUGUAGCAAAGCUUUCAGUUCUCACCAAGGUUUUGAAAUACAUGUAAGAAAUCACAAGGGGGAGAAACCCUAUGAGUGUAAGGAAUGUGGUAAAAGUUUCAGUUGUUACCGAGGUUUCCAAUUACAUGAAAGAAAUCACAAUGGAGAGAAACCCUAUAAAUGUGAAUGUGGUAAAGCUUUUGUUUAUUACUAUGCCUUACAAUUACACAAAUCAACUCAUACUGCAGAGAAAUCCUAUGAAUGCAAGGAAUGUGGGAAAGUCCUCAGUAAUCACAAAUGCUUAAAGAGACACGAGAAACUGCACACAGGAGAGAAAUCCUAUAAAUGUAAGCAAUGUGGGAAAGCCUUCAUGCAUCUGUCAGGAUUCCGGACACACAUGAAAAUGCAUGCUGGAAAUAGACCUUAUCAGUGUAAGGAAUGUGGGAAGGCUUUCAUUUACCCAUCAGGUGUUAGAGCACACAUGAUGCAAGUACAUGUUGGAAAUAGACCUUAUCAAUGUAAGGAAUGCGGGUUAGCAUUUUAUUUUCCCAGUACAUUACGCAGGCAUGAAAUGACUCACACUGGAGAGAAACCCUGUGAGUGUAAACAAUGUGGUAAAACCUUCAGAGAUCACAGUUAUUUAAAAAUACACGAAAGAAGUCAUACUGGAGAAAAACCCUAUAAAUGUAAGCAUUGUGGUAAAGCUUUUAUUUCUCAGCUAGGUUUCCAAGUACAUGAAAGAAGUCACACUGGAGAGAAACCAUAUGAAUGUGAAGAAUGUGGGAAAUGCUUCGGUUAUCCCAGUUCCUUCCGGAGGCAUAAAAAGACUCACAGUAAAAGUCCCGUUGAAUGUAAAUAG